UGUCAAAUAAAGAUGAUCAGUUGAACUAGGCAGUACGCAGGCUGAAGAUUCUUCCUGUGUCUUUGGUCUUUCUUACAUACAUACUUACUAGCCAGCCUACAGUUUGAAAUGGUGGGUGAAGACACUUAUGAAUAUUGCUGUAUUCGCCUGUACGGCCGUGUGAAAAACUAAGUAAUAACAAAAACAAUGGUUUGAUGGUGGAAGCGCACGCGCCGGUGCCUCUUACCGGAGUGCCGCGAGAGGUGCCUUGACACGGUCGUGGUAGUGGUGGCAAGUGGCCAGUGAGUCGUGCGGCCUGCGGAUGCAAGCUCAGUGUGGCGUCUACCCUGCCGAGUGCUGCAGCCGCCGCGAACCGCAACAUAGUCAGCAAACGUCGAUAGUGAACAACAUUCAAAUGUCACGUGAAAAAGCAACAGUGUUUGUCGAUGCAGAACCAAAGAUAGGAGAUGAUUAUACAUACAAGAAAGAUCUCCGGACCGCCUUACCACAGUUUCUAGCUGUAAGUGCUAAAAACCUGCUUCUUUUAGGAUAUGGAAUGACACUUGGAUUCUCCACAAUUCUCAUGCCAGCCGUACAAAACCCUAAAGAUGGCGAAAUAUUACACUUGAACAAGUCAGAAAUUUCAUGGAUAAGUUCUAUCAACCUAAUUGUGGUGCCAGUUGGAUGCGCCUUAUCAGGAGUAGUGACGUCACCAAUCGGCAGACGGAGAGCAAUGCAAAUGGUUAACGUCCCUUUUUUCAUAGCCUGGUUGAUAUUUCACUAUUCAACAACUACGGGGCACUUAUACGGAGCACUGUUCUUGACGGGAUUGGCAGGCGGCCUGUUGGAAGCACCCGUUCUGACAUACGUGGCGGAAAUCACGCAGCCUCACCUGCGGGGAGCCCUGACUGCCACCAGCUCGCUUUGUAUCAUCCUCGGCGUGUUCACGCAGUUUCUCUUCGGGAUAUUCAUGUACUGGAGAACGGUGGCUUUGGUCAACAUCGCUUUUACGGUGCUUGCAGUAAUCGCGCUUUGCUUCGUGCCGGAGUCUCCACAUUGGCUGGUGUCGAAGAAACGACACGACGAUGCCAGGAAGAGCUUGCAAUGGCUUCGUGGUUGGACAACCCCUAACUCUGUGGAAAAUGAACUACGAGAUAUUCAGGCUUUAUUUAAAAGAGAAAAGAAAGAUCUCAUUGAAGUUGAUGAAACGAUGUCUGAAAAAAUGUCGCAUUACCUAAAAAGAAGCUUCCUCUUGCCAUUCUUUUUGGUGACUUUCAGCUUCUUUGUGGGCAAUUUUAGUGGCAUGACUACUUUGCAGACGUACGCGGUAAUGAUAUUCCAGAUUCUAAAGGCGCCUAUAGACAAAUACUACGCAACACUAAUAAUCGGCGUGCUGCAAAUAGUUGGAGCCGGCACGUGCGUGUUGCUGGUGCAUUACACUGGGAAACGACCCCUCACGCUGUUCUCCACUGCGGGGGCUGGGGUGUGCUGCAUCCUUGUAGCAAGUUACGAUAUAUAUAUUAAAAUGAACGGUUUUACUACAACGACAGAGUUAAAUAAUGAUACUUUGACGACAAGCAUAAACGCCACGUCGGCCGAUAUUGAAGAGGAAGAUCGAAACCCAUACUCUUGGAUGCCUAUGACGUUGCUGAUGCUUUUGGCUCUUCUUGCACACACGGGCUUGAGACUGCUGCCAUGGAUCCUCAUAGGCGAGGUCUUCAGCGCCAAGACACGUUCUGGCGGCGCGGGCGUCGCCAGUGCAGUUGGCUACUUAUUCGGGUUCCUCUCGAACAAGAUGUUCAUAAGCAUGGUUGAUACCUUGUCGAUAUGGGGCACAUAUGGCUUGUACGGCAUUGUAUGUUUUGUUGGUGUUAUCAUAUUUUAUUUUAUUUUGCCCGAAACUGAAGGCAAAAGAUUGAAUGACAUUGAAAGCCAUUACGCUGGGAGAACCAAGCUCACAAAUAAAGUAUAUAGAUCUAAGAGAAAACCUCAAAAAGAUAUGCACGAAUUGAAAGGCGCCGUAAAUCCAACAUUUGAGAGUGAUACUUCUAAAUUAUAGUCGAAUUAUAUUGUGAAUGAAGUGACUGUAGCUGCCAGUGAUUAAUAUCUAUUAUGGACAUUGCAUAAUUUAAGAUAUUACACCAGUGUCAAAUUCAUACAUAAGUCAAGCAAUCUCUUCGUGAAGAAUUUCGUUGAAGCAGUAUUCCAUCGGUUUGAAAAAUGUAUGAAAAUGUACCUAUGUCUGUUAGUUAGUAAAUAAUACAGAAAAAAAAUUCCAACAACCCUUUGGUGUGUGUAAGUUUCAACCGAUGAUUUCCACAAUUAUCAGUAACGGUCUGUUCCGUGACACGGAUGCGUAUCAGUCCAAAUCUCAGUUGAAAACGCAGCCUGACGAUCGACGCGACGGUACUAAAACUUUUCAUACAAAAAAAUAAAUAUUCUCCCGUUUUUGGUAAGCUGCCAGUAAAUGCUCAUUCCAUAUAAUUAAUAUAUUAAUUUCCCCUUAAAUAAUUGUUAUUUUCAUUUGUAGGUAAUUUGAAAUAUGCCAUAUUUAUAAUACUUAAUCAUUAACUCAAUCAUAUUUAGCGUGAAGUACCUACACAUUUCCAACAACAAUGAAUAAAAAACUGUGAUUAAUUUAUAUUGUAAUUUUAAGUUUAUGAAUAUGUUACGAUUCUUGUGAAAAUGUAAUCAAUAAUUACCGAGAAUUAUCACACUGGUUUUAUAGUCUGUUAUCACAAUAAAUUGAGUUCUAAUUGUUUAUUCCUAUUCCUAUACCCCAUCUGUAUGCUUUUUGCAUUAGAGACUGUUUGACAUUUAGCUCCAUAUAAAUUAUGCCUUUUAUCUCUAAUCGCAUAAAAAUGCAUAGACAGGUUAUAAGAAUGCACCGUAAGAGUUUCUGGCUCCAUGAAGUUCUGGCGUUUUACUCUAUAACACUUUUUACUUUUACACUCCCUAAUAUUAGUAUGAAAAUUAGUCGACAAUAGACUUUAGUUUAUAACGAGAAGGAUCCCCGUAAACAUAAGCAUUUUCGAUUCUUAAUAGGUAUGUAAUUGUAUAGUAAUAGGUCCUCGUUCAAUCUAAGCUAGACCGGAAUUUUAAAGGGAUCAAGAUUUUUUUUUAUUUAGUUCAUAUCCAUCAAAAAGUAAUUGUUAAUUAUUGAUAACCAGCCGAUAGGUAGGUAUACUUCACAAUGUUCACCUAUUUUACAUAAAUAAAUACCUACCUAUGAAUAACUUAAGUAUAGUAAAUAAUAACUAAGUUAGGUGCCUAUCGUGAUCUUUUAUAACAUAGACAAAAUGUUUAUACAGGUACAGAAAUAUAAUAUUUAAAAUCGAAA